UUUCCGCUGGCUGGUCAGAUUGUAAACAAUAAUGGAGAGUGUUCACCCGUGGGAGACCUGCAUGGAGUUUUAUUUUGAGAUUGGCCUCAAAUAUAAAGACAUAAAAUCAGUACUUGCCGAUAAACACGGCUUUCAUAUUAGUGAGAGACAUCUGAAGCGACUCCUUAACGAACGAGGACACUAAAGGGACAUGGAAUUUAAAUAAAAUAAGUAAAAAAAAACCAAAACUAUGUGCUUUUGCGAGAUCUCGGAAAACUUUUUGCGAGAUCUCGCAAAAUCUUAAAGGCUUAUGGACUGGUGGUGGUAGCCCGGUCAUUUGGGAAUCAACAGGAUGUCAGGAAGACCAACGAGUUAUGGAGGAGGAUUUGGAGCAGUUUCUGCGGUCAAGAGGGAUCCCUCAAGCAGACAUCAUUCGCAUGACAAGAGACAAGGUGGACAAAGCAGUCAUUUCUAUUAUGACUGAUGAGCAAAUGGCCAAAUACAUCAGUUCAUAUGGUGACCGAAUAUCUGUCCUUUCCUUCUGCAAGCAAACAAUGUCCAGCCCUGAUAAAGAGACUCUUAUACAAAGAAUAAGAGAUAAAAUAGAAACUCGGAAAAUGAGCUCAAGGAGAAAAGGUUUGCAAAACCCAGGAGAGGGUAUGUCAAGACAGAGAAACCUCUCAGCAGAAAAGUCUUCUAGGAAGAUUGAAAUUGGAUGGCUUCACUUUGAUAAAAAUGAAUAUCAUCAAGUGAGAACCAACAAUGGUGGAGGAACAAGACAUGUAUCUGUAGAAAAAACAUCAACUGUUGCUCAGAUUUUGGAGCUAGGAAAGGAGCUGUUUUUCCCAAAUGGGCACUCAACCAAAGGGCAUACUGAUGACUUUACCUUUGAGGUCUGUGAUUUUAAAAGAAAGCAGAUUCCUUUAGAUGACACAGUUGGCAGACUGUACGAACAAACAAAACUGAAGCUGCUUAGAUUUUACAUUUGCACUAAAGAGGAAGAACCUUCACCAGAUCAGUCUUCAACUGAAGAGGAUUACUGUGAAGCUUCAUCUGUCAGCAUCCCUGAGGGAGCAGGUUCACAGUUGACCAAGGAUGGAUCUCACCUUGAUGUACAUGACUCCAUUACAGAUCCACUGGAUCAUGGACACUCAUCUGACAGUGACAUAAGCCAACAGAAUCUCCAUUUCCAGUUGCAACAAAGACCCAAACGAAAAGCAAUGUCUGAGACUGUGACAGCACAAGGUCCAAGAACAUCACAACCCUUUCGUUCAACCCCAAAAGACAUUGAAACCAUUCACACUGGACAGUGGCAGGACACCAAUGCAAAUAAUCAUGAUUUGGAAGUGCACUGGAAUAAUCUCCAACCUUCUAAUGAUUUCAAUGACUCCAUUGAUAUUGUUGACCUCACUGGAGCAGCUCCUAAUGUCUCCCUACAAACAAAGCCUGAGCACAUCCGUCAAGUUAAUUUUGAUGAGGAACCGGUAGCAGAUGAUGCAGAUACAGUCCUAUGGGAUCCAGAAGAUAACAGCAGAGCAGAUGGAGAUGAGGCAGUUGUAAUCACAUUGCACUACAUCAACAGUGAGGAUAUCACACAGAGUACUGAGAUGAAUGGACUCCCAGUGCCCUCAUCUAAUGACCUGCCUACACUAGCUCUGGAGUCCAUAGAUGGGGAGGCAGUGCAAACUGCACAGCACAGUGGACCGACUCUUUUACCACAAGAUCCAAGCAGCCAGCCUUCGCUAUCAACCUCACCUGACAACCCAGGGAAUCCAGAGAACACGCAGCGUAUGUCAAUUCGUAGGAUUAAAGUUGUUGAAGAUCUUUUGUCUGUAUUUAUGGACAGUAGCAUAAUGUAUUUGACUCUUAAGAUGUACUUUGUAAAUGAAAACGCUAUUGAUGAUGCUGGAGUGUCAAGGGAGGUUUACACUGCAUUCUGGGAACAAUUUCUUGAACAGUGUGAAGGGGAAACGGAGCGAGUGCCGAGGCUGAGGCCAGACUUCUGUGAGGCUGAAUGGCAAGCGGUUGGGCGGAUCUGGGUGAAAGGGUUAUUAGACCACGGUGUCAUGCCCGUGAAGCUCUCAAAGGCUUUCAUUUUAGCCUGUAUUCAUGGCAUUGACUCAGUUGAUGUAGACGUCCUGAUGACAUCAUUUUUCAAUUUCCUUCCUCCUGUUGAGAGAUCAGCUGUUGAGAAGGCUCUCCAGGGGACAAUGGAGGAAAGUGAUGAAGAGGAUUUGCUUGACCUCUUUACGAGGAUGGGUUCCCAUUUCCUACCUCCAAAGAACAGCAUGCAAACUGCCAUAGAAACAAUGGCUCACAAGGCUAUUCUACAAGAGCCAAAAUACAUAAUCGAUUGCUUCUCCACACCCAUGGCAGUUUUGCAGCAUAAACUGUCAGACAAAGGAAGUGUAUUGUCUCUGUAUGAGGCAAAGAAGGCCACAGGCAAAAGAGUGUCGCAGCUUUUGGAAACAACAAACAUGGUGCUGUCACAGAGAGAGCAGGCAACCUUUAACCAUCUCCAACGUUACAUAAAAAAUGCUGACCAAACUAAAGCUGAAAAAAUCCUGCGUUUCUGCACUGGUUCAUCUGUCAUGUGUGUUGACAAAAUCAUGGUAUGCUUUAAUGCUGAAACUGGACUAAACAGAAGGCCUGUUGCUCAUACCUGUGGUGCCACCCUUGAAGUACCCUGCAUGUACAGCUCUUACCCUGAAUUUCGUACAGAAUUUGACAACAUCCUGUCCAGUAACUACUUUCAAAUGGACAUCCUCUGAACCUGAGAGGGCAGUCCUGAUCGACACCCAGUCCUGCGACACUCUUUUGCCUGAGAGGGCAGUCCUGAUCAGGCCUCAUAGGAACAGGCCUCUGUUAUAUGGCUGAUCAUGUUCUUGAUCAAGUUCUUGUUUUCACAUCUAAACAUUUGAUGCACUUUACUGUGUGUAGGGGAAUGUGCAAUUCUAUUUUAUUUUUUGUCUUAAUUUCUUUGUCUUAAUUUAAUUUUAAAAUGUGCAUCUUAAUUGUAUUAGUGUCAUACCAGUUUGAUUACUCUGGAAAAUC